AUGCGAGAGCCUACGUCGAGCAACUAUGACUGCGGCCAUUCUACUGUCAAAGCCGUACGCUCCUCAAGUCUCACCAGCAAUCGAAGGCGUCUGCUAGACCUCGGAGGCUUUCCCGCCAGACAGCAGCAAUAUUCCCAGUCCAAAGCGUCCCCCACAUCACGCAUCACCGGCACCCGCCCUUCCGCGCCCAACCUUUCAUCUCCACCCCGCCCAGCCUUCGACCAGCGGACAACAGACAGCCAGCAAGGGAUGAAAGUGCUCUUCCUCAUCGACCACGCCACCAAAGGCGACGCUCUCCACCACAACAUAUCGCCCCUCCUCAUCCGCUCAACCUCUUCCCCCUCCUCCUCCUCAAUACCAAAGCGCCUAAUGAGCAAAUACCGCAGCGACCGCUCGAGUUUCCAGAACCACUUCUUCGCAAAAGCGCGCCUCAUCCGCUCGCAGCUGACAUCGCGACGUGACUUCCUCGAUCUAUUCUUGAUGUCAUACGACGACGACACCACCGACAGCCAAGCCCGCCGACUCGCGUACUUCGACCAGAAAUGCACCACGGCGCACUUAUCGACGCUGUACCACCGCAUCGCCUCCGCGGUCGACAUCCCCCGGAUCCUCGCCGCGCGGAGCCCGCACAAAAAAGCGUUCAAGAAGGCUGAUAGCGCAGGUAUCCGUGCACAGCAUGGAAGAAGACCUGUGGAGCUACGAACUCCCCCCCGGCAAGCGGGAUCUUCCCGCACAGCUCGAGAGGGAGGACAGAAGGGAGGUGUACGUUCGUUUUAA